AGCAGCACCUUCAGAAACAUGCAGCGCCGGCACACGACACUGAGGGAAAAGGGCCGCCGUCAGGCCAUCCGCGGUCCCGCCUACAUGUUCAACGAGAAGGGCACUAGCCUGACGCCCGAAGAGGAGCGCUUUCUGGACUCGGCUGAGUAUGGCAACAUCCCGGUGGUCAGGAAAAUGCUGGAGGAGUCCAAGACCCUCAACUUCAACUGCGUGGACUACAUGGGGCAGAACGCGCUGCAGCUGGCAGUGGGCAACGAGCACCUGGAGGUCACUGAGCUGCUGCUCAAGAAGGAGAACCUGGCGCGGGUGGGGGACGCGCUGCUGCUGGCCAUCAGCAAGGGCUACGUGCGCAUCGUGGAGGCCAUCCUCAGCCACCCGGCCUUCGCGCAGGGCCAGCGCCUGACUCUCAGCCCGCUGGAGCAGGAGCUGCGGGACGACGACUUCUACGCCUACGACGAGGACGGCACGCGCUUCUCCCACGACAUCACGCCCAUCAUCCUGGCGGCCCACUGCCAGGAGUAUGAGAUCGUGCAUAUCCUCCUUCUAAAGGGCGCGCGCAUCGAGCGGCCCCACGACUACUUCUGCAAGUGCAAUGAGUGCACUGAGAAGCAGCGGAAGGACUCCUUCAGCCACUCGCGCUCCCGCAUGAAUGCCUACAAGGGACUGGCAAGUGCUGCCUACUUGUCCCUGUCCAGCGAAGACCCUGUCCUCACCGCGCUGGAGCUAAGCAAUGAGCUAGCCAGACUAGCCAACAUUGAGACUGAAUUCAAGAACGAUUACAGGAAGUUAUCUAUGCAAUGCAAGGAUUUUGUGGUGGGCGUGCUGGACCUGUGCCGAGACACAGAAGAGGUGGAAGCGAUUUUAAAUGGUGAUGUGAACUUCCAAGUCUGGUCCGACCACCACCGUCCAAGUCUGAGCCGGAUCAAACUCGCCAUUAAAUACGAAGUCAAGAAGUUCGUUGCUCAUCCUAACUGUCAACAGCAAUUGCUUACCAUGUGGUAUGAAAAUCUCUCAGGCUUACGUCAACAGUCUAUCGCUGUGAAAUUCCUGGCUGUCUUUGGAGUCUCCCUAGGCCUCCCUUUUCUCGCCAUAGCCUAUUGGAUUGCUCCGUGCAGCAAGCUAGGACGAACCCUGAGGAGCCCUUUCAUGAAAUUUGUAGCACAUGCAGUUUCUUUUACCAUCUUCUUGGGAUUGUUAGUUGUGAAUGCAUCGGACCGCUUCGAAGGUGUUAAAACCCUGCCCAAUGAAACCUUCACAGACUACCCAAAACAGAUCUUCAGAGUGAAAACUACACAAUUCUCCUGGACAGAAAUGCUCAUCAUGAAGUGGGUCUUGGGAAUGAUUUGGUCCGAAUGCAAGGAAAUCUGGGAGGAGGGGCCGCGGGAGUACGUGCUGCACCUGUGGAACCUGCUGGAUUUCGGAAUGCUGUCCAUCUUCGUGGCCUCCUUCACCGCAAGAUUCAUGGCCUUCCUGAAGGCCAGCGAGGCCCAGGUGUACGUGGACCAGCACGUGCAGGACGACACGCUCCACAACGUCACACUUCCACCAGAAGUGGCCUACUUCACCUACGCCAGGGACAAGUGGUGGCCUUCAGACCCUCAGAUCAUAUCGGAAGGGCUGUAUGCGAUAGCUGUCGUGCUGAGCUUCUCUCGAAUCGCGUACAUCCUGCCAGCCAAUGAGAGCUUUGGGCCCCUGCAGAUCUCCCUGGGGAGAACUGUGAAAGAUAUCUUCAAGUUCAUGGUCAUUUUCAUCAUGGUAUUUGUGGCCUUCAUGAUUGGGAUGUUCAAUCUGUACUCCUACUACCGAGGUGCAAAGUACAACCCAGCGUUUACAACGGUUGAAGAAAGCUUCAAAACCUUAUUUUGGUCCAUCUUUGGCUUGUCUGAAGUGAUCUCGGUGGUGCUGAAAUAUGACCACAAAUUCAUCGAGAACAUUGGCUAUGUUCUCUACGGUGUUUAUAAUGUCACCAUGGUGGUCGUGCUGCUCAACAUGCUAAUAGCCAUGAUCAACAACUCGUAUCAGGAAAUUGAGGAGGAUGCAGAUGUGGAGUGGAAGUUUGCCCGAGCAAAGCUCUGGCUGUCUUAUUUUGAUGAAGGAAGAACUCUACCUGCUCCUUUUAAUCUAGUGCCAAGUCCUAAAUCAUUUUAUUAUCUCAUAAUGAGAAUCAAGAUGUGCCUCAUAAAACUCUGCAAAUCUAAGGCCAAAAGCUGUGAAAAUGACCUUGAAAUGGGCAUGCUGAAUUCUAAAUUCAGGAAGACUCGCUACCAGGCUGGCAUGAGGAAUUCUGAAAACCUGACAGCAAAUAACACUUACAGCAAGCCCACCAGAUAUCAGAAAAUCAUGAAACGGCUCAUAAAAAGAUAUGUCCUGAAGGCCCAGGUGGAUAGAGAAAAUGACGAAGUCAAUGAAGGCGAACUGAAGGAAAUCAAGCAAGAUAUCUCCAGCCUGCGCUAUGAGCUUCUUGAAGAGAAAUCUCAAGCUACCGGCGAGCUGGCAGACCUCAUCCAACAGCUCAGCGAGAAGUUUGGAAAGAACUUAAACAAAGACCACCUGAGGGCGAACAAGGGCAAAGACAUUUAA